UCCCUUCUCACCCGAGCCGAGAGUCUGGGCGGAGACUGGAUCAGAUGUGGCCGUGACUCAGUGGAGAGCACUCGGAUAACGGACUGACUGUUCACGACUCCUUCAGCCAGCUCGCUUCAGCUGCAGGAGAAGCAAGUCACAAGCAUAGGCUUUAUACACAGCUUUGCCCCAUCGGUUGGGCCCACUGGCUUGAUUAUUACUCAUAGCUGAUCCCUCUAAUAAAAGACACACAUUCUGGCGAAAGGAACAAUGGAUACCAGAACAGUUUGGAUAUCUUUGGAAUUGGUUUUACUUACACUCAUCGUCGACAGUUCAGGCUUGCAAAUCAGAUGCGGUGAUGGAGACUGGAUUCAGGUCCAUCGUGGAUGCUAUUGCUUUGAAUUGGAGCAGAAAACGUGGUUGGAAGCCAAACAAGAGUGUCAAAAUCGUGGAGGCUUUUUGCUUUCUAUUGGCUCUGUGGCCGAGCUUGAAAAUAUCAGUAAAAAACUGAAACCUAUGAUAAAAGAUGAAGAUCAUCUUAAUUGGUGGGUUGGACUAGAGGCAGACCCUGUCCAAGCUGGUCGUUGGAAGUGGGCUGAUGGAGGGGAGUUUAGUCGAAGGGUUAGCCCUUGGAGUCCUGGGGAACCUAACAACGCUGGAGACAAGGAGAAGUGCGUAGAGCUGAAUUACAAAGGAAAACUCAAUGAUGCCGCUUGUUCAGAACUGAAUCCAUUUGUGUGCGAGAACAUGGGACAUACAACUACCACUGAUAUGGGCACAAUCUUGACAACAACGGUACAGUCUUCAGCGGAGACCAGACAGACUUCGACGGAAUUGCCCGUGGAGACUGAUCCGAGUACGGCCAAGGAAAACACGGUUUCACAGAUUAGGUCGGAAUCCACCCGGAAACGGGACACAAAGGGCCCCCCCACCAGAAUAACAACGCCUCGUCUUCCCGAGGCUGCUCCCCCUAAUACCACAGUACAAUCCACAACUAUCAGCGAUGAGAUGGAGAUCAUUACUGUACCAUACACGGAGAAGAUAAACGAGAUAAUCACAGAUCUAAAUGAAAAACAAAGUGCUAAAACCGUGGCAAAGGCUGCCUCCUCAUUAGCAACGGUAAUCACUCAAAAGAAAAUCCUUACAUCCAAAGAGGUUGCGUUAACAGCUCGAAAACUUAGUGAAUUGGCAACCAAGGUUGAUUUGACUAAUAGCUCUGCUAAAGAAAUCGAAGAGGUCGUAUCGGAAGUGUUUAAGGCAACAAGUAACCUCAUGUCUACAAACAAAACACAGACGUGGUCAGAGUUAUCAAGAAAAGAUCAGCGUGAGUCGGCUGAGUUAAUUCUGCAAGGAGUUGAAAGCAGUGCUUUUGUCUUUGCCAAGUCUAUUGAAAGCCCUGAUACAAUCAACAAGAAGGAGGAUAACAUCGAAAUGGAGUUACAAGUUCUAGGGCCAGAGCAGUUAAACAAAUCGAAAAUCGUAUACGAACCAGAGGAUAAAUCUGAUGUGUUCGUUCUUCCAAGCGACAUGCUGAAAGACAAUGAAGAUGGGGGCCUCACCAAGGUGGUUUUUGUCACCUACCAUAAAAUUGCGGACUUGCUGCAGCCAGAGGCCGACAAAAGUGGACCGGAUGAAGGCGAGGUAGACCGCCCGUCUGAAGCUCAGCAACUUGUCGUUUCUAACGUUAUAUCCGUUUCCGUCCUGGGAAAGACAUUUCAAAACUUGGAAACACCCAUUAAAUUCACCAUGAAGCAUACUAAGAAAACUCAGAGCUAUCCAGGAAGUGGCAACCCAUCUUGUGUUUUCUGGAAAUUUGCCAAGAGCUCUGAAACGUCCGGGAAAUGGUCAGAAGAGGGCUGUGGAGUGGUCAAGACCAACUCAUCUCACACGGUUUGUGAGUGUAACCAUCUGACCCACUUUGCCGUGCUCAUGGAUGUCCAGGGUGUCAAGGUAUCAGACGACCACGAUAUGCCUCUACAGCUUAUCACUUACGCAGGAUGUAUUGUGUCCGCCGUAUGUUUGGUCAUCAGCUGGCUUACUUUCCAGUUUCUUAGGUGUCUUCAUGGCGAACGCAACUCGAUCCACAAAAAUUUAGUUUUCUGCCUAUUCGUGGCAGAAAUGCUGUUUUUAUUUGGAAUCGACAAAACAUGCAAUAAGAUUCUUUGCGCAGUCCUGGCAGGAUUGAUGCACUACUUUUUCCUGGCCUCUUUUACAUGGAUGUUUUUGGAAGGCGUUCACAUCGUGGUAAUGAUAGUCCAGGUUUUUGACGCCGCUAAAUCGCCGCUCCUUUGGUACUACUUGGCUGGUUACGGCAUUCCUCUGACCAUCGUAUCAGUGUCAAGUGGUGUCAACUAUGAGGGCUAUGGGACAGAGCAUUAUUGUUGGCUGUCCGUGGAUAAUCUGUUCAUCUGGAGCUUUGCGGGACCCGUUGCGGUCAUCCUCCUGGUGAACGCUACCAUCCUCACGUAUGCCAUGAGCACUGUGUGUAAACAUUCGGAGUACGUCAUUAAAGAGAAAACCCGCUCGGAUAGUACCAGGGCUUGGAUCCAAGGUGCGCUGGCGUUAGAGGUUCUGCUGGGUCUGACAUGGGUGUUCGGGUAUUUCUAUAUAAACGACAAGAUGGUCGCCAUGGCCUACGUAUUCACUGUGCUUAAUAGCCUUCAGGGUCUCUUCAUCUUUUGUUUCCACUGUCUCCUCAAUAAUAAGGUGAGAAAGGAGUACAAGAGGGUGUUGGACAUAUCUCGCGUCACUACGUCGACAAACACGCGUAGUGCCACAAGAAGCAGCCUGCAUAGAAAGCAAGAUCCUUCCUAUGAAAUGUAGGCACCAUCUGUCAUCUCUGUGUGGAAGUUUCCAUUGCUAAAGAACCAUGACAAGGCGUGAAUUUUGUGUGUGAACAGUCAGUCAUUGUCAUACUAUAACUGUGCCAAAGACUUUACGUGAAUCAGCUAAUGGGAUUCUUUUCGAGACAAACUUGCCGAAAUCAGUGUACAUAUAUUGUAUAAAACUACUUGUAAGCGGCAGCUGUAUUUCAGGAAAUGCAGUGUCAGUAGCGGUUUGUAUUUGGUUUGUCGCAGUAAUGUAUACACGUAUACUGUUGACAAAUCCUACACAUUUGUGUAUCAUGGUUUGGAAGAAAACAUGCCUGGUUCCCAAAUCUAGAUUUAACAUGCAUGUAAGAGAGACAUCUCUGCAAGCUGAGGGGAUGAUCGAAUUCAAGGAGCGGAAUAUCUUUUGCUUAGAGGCAGUUUCGCAGCUUAAUAUUUGUUCUUUUUCCCUUUAUCAGCGGGAAAAGUUCUUGUUCUAAUCCAUGUGACAAUGCAUUUUUCAUUCUGACCAACCAGUAUUCAGUUUAUACAUUGUAGAUU